CGCCACGACAGUCAGCAACAGUGUGUCUCACAAAGCGAAGUGAAGAAGAUUUUCUGAGCGAGAAGGCCUAAUAUCAAAGUGAACUUGCUCUGCGAGUAUAUAAUUCAAAGUUUUCGAGAAGUAAUCAGUAAAUAAAAUAGUAAUUCAAGGAAACAUGUCUUUGGUACCAUUGUUGUUCUCUGACUGGUGGGAGGAUUUGAACCGCCCUCACCGACUUUGCGAUCAGAACUUCGGUUUGGGCCUGUAUCCUGAACAACUGCGAACUCCUUCCAUCUUGGACCAGCUGGACCGAAGAUUCUUCAGAACCCCUCUGCUCUACUACAGACCAUGGGGUGAACUCCUGAGGAACACCGAAGGAGGCGGCACAUCCACCGUGCAGGCGGACAAGGAUAAAUUCCAAGUAAUUCUGGAUGUACAGCAAUUCAAACCUGAGGAAAUCAACGUUAAAGUCGCCGACAAAUGCGUCGUCGUCGAGGGCAAACACGAGGAGAAGCAGGACGAACACGGUUGGAUUUCGAGGCAGUUCGUCAGGAAGUACAUGAUUCCUGAACAAUGCGAUAUCGACCAGGUGUCGUCUUCUUUGUCUUCUGAUGGUGUACUUACGAUCACAGCACCUAGAAAAGACAAAGCGAUUCAGCAGAACGAGAGAGUCGUCAGCAUCGAACAAACCGGUAAACCUGCGCUGAAAGAAGCGGGGGAGAAGGAGAAGAAAUAAGCUACUGAAUUAAAUAUUGUAUUUAGUUGUAAAUUUGAACCUCAUACUUUGUGUUCCUGUUUCAUAGUCCGCUCUCCUACUUGUUAAUACAUCAUACUUUUCCUCCUGUAAUUUUCUUUUUGUACAAUAAUUUAAGCGUAUUGUUUUAAAAAUCAAUGUUUAAAUAAACGUAAUUUCUUA